AUCAUCUUCAUCUUUCCCCACAAAGCAAAAGAAAAAAAACAGCGAAGAAGAAGAAGAAGAGCAAAACAACUACGAUGACUCAAGCUCCACUUAGUGCUCCCCCUCAACAAGGUUAUCCACCAAAGGACGCUUAUCCACCAACGCAAGGACCACCCAAGGACGCUUAUCCACCUCCUGGACAACCCUAUCCUCAGCAAGGAUAUCCUCCACAGGCCUAUCCUCAGCAGGGAUAUCCUCAUCAAGAAUAUCCUCAGCAAGGCUAUCCUCCUCCGUACGCACCUCAAUACCCACCGCCUCAGCAACAACAGCAGCAGAACCGCAGUCCUGGUAUGCUUGAAGGAUGCCUUGCUGCUCUGUGUUGUUGCUGUGUCUUGGACGCUUGCUUCUGAUCUGAGUAGUAGAGUCGCUCUCCUUGAAGCGAUAUUGGUUUACUGAUAAUGAUCAUCAUCUCAUAUUAUUCUCUUUCCGUUUUUUUUUUUUUUUUUUUUUUUUUUUUUUAAUGAUGAAACCAUUCUCAUAGACAUUCUUCUGCUUUCUUUAAUAAGUUUCACUUAUUUGGAUGUUGCCAAUGGGCAUUAUAUGUAAUUGAUUGGGUGACCCAAUUUGUUGUUACAAAGUAUUGGCCUUAUAUUAUACACACCUCUCUUCUUCGUA